AUGUUCUGCUGCAGAGUCUACGCCAGAUUUGAGUCAUGCAUCUGUUGCGCGCACAUACGCUUCGGCUUCCUCAACAUGCGUAUGUUGAGUGGGCGUCACGCACCGCGAGGAAGGUAAGGGAAUAUAGGUUCGUUUGAGUCCAGCUUUCCCCACGCGCCGGAGUUUGACUAUGGUUGACUGAGUUUGGCGCACAUCUGCUCACCCGGCUCCCCUGACAAAACGCAUCCAUUAUGGUGUAUAGUCAUGGCUUUCCCCGCCCCUCGAAGUAAUUGGACUGACAUUAGAGGCGUGAGCCAAACCGCUUUAACAGUUAAUUAUACAAGCCUCAGGUGCGCGAACUGCGACAUAUUUACAUUUGAUGGUGCAUUGAUUUGUUGGAAUGACAACACAAUGAGUAAAAAAUAAACAUCUUUAUUACAUUUCUUUAAAAGAAUUAAAUAAAAUUCAAAGGGUUUAUAAAAUCAUUCAAGCGCCAGGUUGCCUGGCAUGUUUUCUUCCCGGUCUCAGCCGUGCCAGCGCAGUGUGGACCUCUAGUUGUGUGAUUACUUUCCUCCUGUUGAACAGUGACAGGCGGGCGGCCUCGGAGCCGACAAGACGGACCAACACCCUCCGUGGGCAGGUAGACUCGUUCAUCAAAAAACGGUCUAUGGUGGGGAUGCCGUCACCCUGAAUUAAAAUAAAGACAGUUGAAGUCGUCCUAGGACAUUAACCUUAUGGUACAGGGCUCUCCAACACUGUUCACGGAAAGCAAACAGUCAUGUAGGUUUUCGUUCCACCCUAAUCUAGCACACCCGAAUCUAAUAAUUAGCUGGUUGACACAUUUAAAAUCAGGUUAGUUACAGAGGUUGGAUAGAACACCUACAAAAGGGUAGCUCGCCAGGAAUCGGGUUGGCGAGCCCUGUGACAUUAACUUACACCAAAUGACUUUCAGUAAUGCCAAAUGUGGCUCAUUAUUUCUAACCUCUCUCUGGAUCUUGUAGAUGAAGGUAGAAUAGGCCUUGGUUUUUCUCUUCAGCUCUCGGCGGGGUUUCUUCAUUGUUUUGCUGACAAGGACCUUCAUUGUGUUUCCCCUUUGGAUUGUCUUAUCAAAUGUUCAAGUUUACAAUUACCUUUUUAUAGGCCUAUGACACCCAAUUCCGUGUUAUGAAGAUUGAAAUCAGGCUUGGGCAAUUUAUCUAUGACGCGCACCUGUGCUGUUCUUGCCUGGGUGGGUCACGUUUAGUUCCAGCGUUUUGACACGUUAACCCAUCUGACCAAUUAUAAAACCUACUUUUAUAUUUUUAAAUAAAAAUGUUACUUCCUGGUUGGAAAAUAAUUUAAACGUUAUCCAGAAAGUCUGGGGGUUGCUGUUACAUUGACACACACAAACACUAUUCCCCAUUGCAUAUUCUGCGAAUUAAGAAUUUCCUAAAAUAGACAACCCCAAAUGCCUUGACUACACCUUCUGCUCCAUGAUAUGGGUCACUGGGUGUAGCAGCUGGCCCCCUUCAGGGGAACUAGACAUUAAGACCACGCUCUGUUCCAUUACACAUUGCAUUACUGUACCCUCAUUGCAUUUCCCCAACUGGCCCUCAACAGAUGUGGGAGGGGCUUUGUGAGGAGAUAAAGAGUAUUACUGGCCAUUAGUGUCCUGUGGAUUACCAUAAUCCAGCCCUAGUGCCGUCAGAGUGGCUCCAGUUUAGUGCUUCAGUGUGGUCCUGUCACUGUGUAGGCAUGAAGAUGGAAUCCCAUGGACAGUGGAUUCUGUUGGCCCUCCUGCUUGUGUCUAACGGUAUGUUCGUCUCUUCUUGGACUUUGUCUUUAGCUCAUUGUGUCUUGGUCUCCCUGGAUGGUGAGUUUGAGCGAAGCAUGACCUCAGACUAUAGGCUUCUAGAGUGUGGUGGGUUGAAAUGAUUGUACAGCUUUAAUAUCCCACUCUCAAAUAUUUUCAGAUAUUGGUUGAUUGGUGUUCGACUGAAUACUGAAAGAAGCAAAUGUGACUUUUUAGGUAUUUCUGUUAUAAUUAGGUGGAUUGUUAUAGUUUUACUGUAACAAUUGUGUCUAGUUUCUCAAUAUUCAAAUCCCUCACCAGGCUACGUGCUUCAUUGAAUAAUGUGAUGGAUUAUUUGUGGUCUAGUAGUCAGACUGUGGAAUGGACAGACUGUACAUGGAUGGAAUACGAGCCACUUGUUUUGGUUGGAAAGUGUUUCUGUCUUUACAUCUAAUGUUCUGUCUCUGUGCUGCGCUGGGGUUCUGCCUCAACAGUUCUACUCAGUGUACACGCUCAGGAGGUAGGUGGAAUCAAAUAUACUGAUUGAUAAUCAAACAUAUUGAUAAUCUAAUGUAUGUGUGAAUUGAUUGAUGUCCUCCACCUAAGGCAGAGGUCUUCUCCAACUCCAGUCCUGUAGAGCCGAUGGGUGUGCAGGAUUUAGUUCCAACCCAGCAGCAAGUAGCUCUCCAGGAUCUGAGUUAAAGAACCCUGACCUUAGAACGGUCCUGACCUGGCCUGAGAGACUAAUGUUCCAUCCCUCUCUCUCUGUGUUUCAGGGGGAGGAGGUGACUGAGACAUGGACAGGACGAGCCUGUAAGUGUGACUGUGAGGGGGAAGAAUCCCCAACCCAGUUCACCUCCCUCUCCCCCAGCCCACCACCUGUCAUGGAGUGCAUGCCAGGUAAAGACCAAGCCCUCUAUCUGUCUCUCUGUCUCUCUCUCCGUCUCUGUGUGUGUCUCUCUCUCUCUCUGUCUCUCUCUCUGUCUCUCUCUCUGUCUCUCUCUCUGUCUCUCUCUCUCUCUGUCUCUCUCUCUGUCUAUCUGUCUCUGUGUCUCUCUCUCUGUCUAUUUCUCUCUCUCUCUCUCUCUCUCUCUCUCUCUCUCUCUCUCUCUCUCUCUCUAUCUGUCUCUCUCUCUGUCCACCUGUCUCUCUGUCUCUGUUUCUCUCUGUCCCUCUCAAUUCAAUUUCAAUUCAAUUUAAGGGCUUUAUUUGCAUGGGAAACAUAUGUUUACAUUGCCAAAUCAAGUGAAAUAGAUAAUAAACAAAAGUGAAAUAAACAAUAAAAAAUUAACAGUAAACAUUACACUCACAAAAGUUCCAAAAUAAUAAAGGCAUUUCAAAUGUCAUAUUAUGUCUAUAUACAGUGUUGUAACAAUGUGCAAAUAGUUAAAGUACAAACUGGAAAAUAAAUAAACAUAAAUAUCAAAUCAAAUCAAAUCAAAUCAAAUUUUAUUGGUCACAUGCGCCGAAUACAACAGGUGCAGACAUUACAGUGAAAUGCUUACUUACAGCCCUUAACCAACAGUGCAUUUAUUUUAAACAAAAAAAGUAAGAAUAAAACAACAACAAAAAAAAGUGUUGAGAAAAAAAAGAGCAGAAGUAAAAUAAAGUGACAGUAGGGAGGCUAUAUAUACAGUAAAAUAAAGUGACAGUAGGGAGGCUAUAUAUACAGGGGGGUACCGUUGCAUAGUCAAUGUGCGGGGGCACCGGCUAGUUGAGGUAGUUGAGGUAAUAUGUACAUGUGGGUAGAGUUAAAGUGACUAUGCAUAAAUACUUAACAGAGUAGCAGCAGCGUAAAAAGGGUGGGGUGGGGGGGCAGUGCAAAUAGUCCGGGUAGCCAUGAUUAGCUGUUCAGGAGUCUUAUGGCUUGGGGGUAGAAGCUGUUGAGAAGUCUUUUGGACCUAGACUUGGCACUCCGGUACCGCUUGCCGUGCGGUAGCAGAGAGAACAGUCUAUGACUAGGGUGGCUGGAGUCUUUGACAAUUUUGAGGGCCUUCCUCUGACACCGCCUGGUAUAGAGGUCCUGGAUGGCAGGGAGCUUUGCCCCAAAUAUGGGUUGUAUUUACAAUGGUGUUUGUUCUUCACUGGUUGCCCUUUUCUUGUGGCAACAGGUCACAAAUAUUGCUGCUGUGAUUGCACACUGUGGUAUUUCACCCAAUAGAUAUGGGAGUUUAUCCAAAUUGGAUUUUUUUUUCAAAUUCUUUGUGGGUCUAUGUAAUCUGAGGGAAGUAUGUGUCUCUAAUAUGGUCAUACAUUUGGCAGGAAGUUAGGAAGUGUGUCUCAGUUUCCACCUCAUUUUGUGGGCAUAUGUACGUAGCCUGUCUUCUCUUGAGAGCCAGGUCUGCCUACGGCUGCCUUUCUCAAUAGCAAGGCUUACUGACUCUGUACAUAGUCAAAGCUUUCCUUAAUUCUGUGUCAGUCUCAGUGGUCAGGUAUUCUGCCACUGUGUACUCUCUGUUUAGUGCCAAAUAGCAUUCUAGUUUGCUCUGUUUAAAACAUUUGUAUUCCCAGUGUGUCAAGUAAUUAUCUUUUUGUUUUCUCAUGAUUUGGUUGGGUCUAAUUGUGUUGCUGUCCUGGGGCUCUGUGGGGUCUGUUUGUGUUUGUGAACAGAGCCCCAGGACCAGCUUGCUUAGGGGACUAUUCUCCAGGUUCAUCUCUCUGUAGGUGAUGGCUUUGUUAUGGAAGGUUUAGAUAAUUAGCAGAGCAGAAUUAGGCCGAUACCCGCAUGCAUUAUUUGGUGUUUUACGUUGUACACAAAGGAUAUUUUUGCAGAAUUCUGCAUGCAGAGUCUCAAUUUGGUGUUUGUCCCAUUUUGUGAAUUCUUGGUUGGUGAGCUCACAACCAUAAAGGGCAAUUGGUUCUAUAACUGAUUCAAGUAUUUUUAGCCAGAUCCUAAUUGGUAUGUCGAAUUUUAUGUUCCUUUUGAUGGCAUAGAAGGCCUUCUUGCCUUGUCUCUCAGAUCGUUCACAGCUUUGUGGAAGUUACCUGUGGCGCUGAUGUUUAGGCCGAGGUAUGUAUAGUUUUUUGUGUGCUCUAGGGCAACAGUGUCUAGAUGGAAUUUGUAUUCGUGGUCCUGGCAACUGGACCUUUUUUGGAACAGCAUUAGUUUUUUUUCUUACUGAGAUUUACAGUCAGGGCCCAGGUCUGCACAGAAUCUGUGCAGAAGAUCUAGGUGCUGCUGUAGGCCCUCCUUGGUUGGGGACAGAAGCACCAGAUCAUCAGCAAACAGUAGACAUUUGACUUCAGAUUC